CCAAGAGUGUGCCUUGCUUCUGUCAUUGCUUACUGCUGCUCUCGGUGCAGAGCCCCCAGCCAGCCCGAAGGAAGGACGAGGCAGGGAUGAGUCUGUGAGCAGGAGGCUGACGUGUUGGGGUCGGGCUGGGUUAACUGCUGGGACUCGAACUCUCCCGCUCUCUGUGCGGGGAGAGCUGCCGGAGCGAGCGGACGCAGAGCGCCGCGCAAGACGCCGGUUCCUUAUCCGCGGGACUGUGUUCUCGGGACUUGGUUCAGCUUCUACCACUCACUCCAACACACAGCGGCCAGUUAAUCUGCCAACCUGCACAUCCCAGGGAUGUGGGAAGGAUCUGGAUCACAUGAAGGAUAUCGUGUGGUGGAGACGUGUAAAGUCCACAUAGACACCACUGAAGGUCAGGAGCACUAGCAAAUUUCUGCAAAGUGACUGUGGAGAAUAUUCUGACUGGUUGCAUCACCAUUUGGUGUGGAGGCUCCAGUUCACAGGAUGGGGAAAAAGCUGCAGAGGGCUGUACACUUGGCCAGCUUCAUCACGGGUACUGACCUCCCCACCAUUGAGGACAACUUCAAAAGGCGAUGUCUCAAGAAGGUGGCAUCCAUUUUGAAGGACCAUCACCAUUCAAGAUAUGCCCUCCUCUCAUUACUACCAUCAGUGUGGAGGGACGAGAGUCUUGAAGUUCAGAAGACAAGUUCAACUAUCACCAUGAGUUCAGAACAUGAAACCACCAUCUCCGAGACGAUCAUGAACGGGCUUCCCGCAAACCGGCAGCAGCUCGAUCCAGCAGUGGAGAGCUGGCUUUCCGGGCUGGCUGUCUCCACCAUCAGAGUUCACUCCACACCGAGGCUGAGCGCGUAUCCCGACACUCUGCUGGCAACGGAAACUGACCCGUCGAAAGUCAGCGUGGGGAAAGGAUCGGUAACCAUGCGGACUACGGCAGGCUACGUGGAACCUCUGGAGACCGACGCUUCACUAAAUCUGGAUCCCCAACAACCGCCCAGCAAAGAUAGCGCUGAGUUGCCCAGUUCAGAGACAGAUGGUUGGAUGCCACCUUCGACUGGCGAACCUAAUGGAGAAGCUGCCCCCUCGUCACUGGCAGCCAAAGGAUUUCGCAGUGUGCGACCAAAUCUGCCAAGCGACCACAAGACACAGCCUCAGCCGCCUCCUGUCCCCCAACCCCCUCGGGAAGAGAGCUUUGCCUGGCGCCCCUCCAAUAAGGUUAAACUGUCAUACUUUGCUCCGGUCCCGAUUCUGGAUUACGUUCACAUUCGACCUGAGCCCAGCACCUGUAACGAGGAGCCUGCAUCCGUGCAUCCCGGCACCUCCCUGUACUCCAGCUUAAGUGGCGGGCUGCCGCUCUCCGUCCAGACUGUUCCUCGUGACAAAGCCCCAGUGCCGUGCUGGGCACCUCCACCAGGUGCCAGCCCAGAGCCUGCGGGCUGGUUUGGUGCCCCGCCCACUAGGCCCACCCCAGAGAGAAAGAUCAGCAAUCUGUACAUCGCACUGACCAGGCAAACACCUCCCCCUGCAUCCAGUGGUUCUCCCUGUCCGUUCUCCCAGGGCGUGGAAGCUUCGGCUCUGACAGUCCCAUUGCUCAUAAGCAGCACAGCCAGCUCUCCUCCGCCCCCUCUCCACAGACCCCUGCUUCAGGACUCCCCGCCCAGGGCUGGGCACAGCACUGCGCAGCCCAAACUCCCACAGGUAAACCCACCUCCAGAGCCACUCGGUGGAAGUUCAGCGCUGGAUCGGGAGAGGACGCCAGUGAUUGCUCUGAAACCAGCUGAGGUUCUUUCCACCACUCGAGGGAGACCCCCUCAAUGGGCAGACCAAGGCAGUGGGGAUGCACAGCCUAGAGUAAGCGAAGGAGUGGGAGUACACCCAGUUCUCUCCGCAUCCAGCAGGUUCUCGGCGUACCCAUCCACCACAUCUGUGAAUCCAACCAUAGUGCUGCUCCAGCACAAUCGAGCAGAACAACAGAAGCGACUGAACAGCCAGUCAGACUCUGUGCCAGAUAGAUUAAUUGAUCAGAACACAGCCGCCUUGACUGCAGAAGGAGCCCAUACUACUGUCAACGCCGGAGGGGCAAUGGACAGCAGGCGCCAGAAGGCUCCUCGGAUCCCCCACUCUUCCUUCAUUGCACCUGAGGAUCUCGGUAUCAAGAAUGUGGAGAGGCCAAAAGACUGGUACAAGACGAUGUUCAAGCAGAUCCACAAAGUCAACAAAGACACGCCCGAAGAAAACCCAUAUCGCCUUACCUACAGCUUCCCCGAGAUCCCUGAACGCCAGCACAAAGGAGAAGAGGAAAAUCCUUAUACACCCAGCUACGUGUUUCCCGAGACGACUCCCAGUCCUAAAUCGGAAGAAAAGGAGACUUACACUCCAACCUAUGUCUUCUCAGAGAUUGCUAAGAGAGAAAUUCUAGAAGAUGACGAACUAGAUGAUUACUCCUCACGGUAUCCUUACUCAGAAGAUGUGAAAAGCCAAACAUUUGUUCCUCGAUCCAAGAGUGCAAUGGAUACCUCUGACUCCGAGACCAUCGAGCGAAGAUCAGCCACCUUACCCCUACCAACCCGGUCAUCCUCGCUGAAACCACUCUCUGAGAGAAACAACUGGGGACCGCUAGACAAAAAGGUGGACACACGGCGGUAUCGGGCUGAGCCAAAGAGCAUUUUUGAUUAUGAACCAGGAAAGUCUUCAGUACUAGCUCAUGAGAAAACGAACUCUGAAGAAAGCGGUGGAAGAGACUCGACACAGCCACCCACAAAGGACAGCCCCUUGAGUGGCAAACGUGGUCGGGUGCAACACGAAAACCACCAGGAGGACUUGAGCAGAGAUAAUCGGGAUGUAAGUCCAGAAGAAAUAGAUUUAAAGAAUGAACCUUGGUAUAAAUUCUUUUCGGAACUGGAAUUCGGAAAACCGCCUCCAAAAAAGAUAUGGGAUUAUACGCCGGGGGAGUGUUCUAUCCUUUCUUUAGAGGACAGGAAGGAUCAGCUAGAGAAAGACCUGUCUCUCUACCAGGCUGAGCUAGACACAGAUUUAGAAAACAUGGAGAAGCUUUUUAGAAGCCAGGACUCCCGUCCGUGGAAGAGCACAUCACUGAAUUCAGCCUUAGAAAUUCCAUCCGAGCGUUCGACAUACUCGGCUUUUUCACCCAGUUACCACGCAGUGAGUCAGCUGUCGGAGGUGGGAACAGGGGAAUCUGUCACCCAGGACAACGAAAGGCAGAUCUACAAGACAGUUCUGGAAGGCGGAGAUAUUCCCCUCCAGGGACUUAGUGGAUUGAACAAGAGAACAUCCAGCUCCUCUUCAACCAAAGAAUCAGACUCACUGAGACUGUCCACUCCAAUUGAGCGCAUGGAGACCCCCGAGGAAAUCUGCCGUCGUCGUCAUGAGGAUAAGGAGAGACUGUUAGAAGAGCAGAGGCGGCUUAAACGAGAACAAGAGGAAGCUGAUAUUGCAGCCAGGAGGCACACAGGGAUCGCUCCUACACACCACCAGUUUAUCACUAAUGAGAGAUUUGGGGAUCUCCUUGACAUAGACGAGGCAGCAAGAAGGAGAUCAGGGUCAGAGAUGCUGCCGGCCAGAGCCAAGUUUGACUUCAAAGCCCAGACUCUGAAAGAGCUGCCUUUCCAGAAGGGAGACAUUGUCUACAUCUACAGGCAAAUCGAUCAGAACUGGUAUGAGGGGGAGCACCACGGCCGUGUGGGAAUCUUCCCCAGGUCGUACAUUGAGCUGCUUCCUCCUACGGAACGAGCUCAACCGAAAAAGGCCCCACCUCUUCAGGUGCUGGAAUAUGGGGAAGCUGUGGCCCGUUUCAAUUUCACAGGCGACACACAUGUGGAAAUGUCUUUUAGGAAGGGGGAGCGGAUCACUCUGGUGAGAAGAGUUGAUGAAAACUGGUUCGAAGGCAAAAUCUCAGGCACAAACCGGCAGGGUAUCUUCCCCGUCACGUAUGUGGAGGUGAUUAAAAGGCCCAGAGUGAAGAAUGCAGUCGACUAUCCAGACCCACCGGGCUCUUACUGUUCCAGCCGCAGCUCAACCAGUUCCCCACAGUUCUCUGGUAAUUCUGCUCGCCCUACACCAUCUCCUCCUCUCCCUCCUCCUCCUCCGUCUCACUACCGUAGAGUGGUGUCUCCAGAUUUACAAGCCGUCACCUCUGACUGGAUCUCGCUGACUGUAGGUGUGUCCCCGAGCCACACUCCCCUCACGACUCCACCGCUGCCUCCUCUUCCCGAAAGCCUCUCCUCUGACAGGAGCUACCUGCGCGACUCGAUGGGGGCGCACUCUUUGCUGCCGAGGAGCCCCGCCCACUGGAGCCUCGCCAGAGAAACAGCGCCCUACCCUGAACAAUCACCACAGCUCUCAGGCCGAUCUCCGCAACCUGCUCAAGGUAUUUGGGAGCAGGUUCGGAACACGCCCUCUCCAACCACCGGAGGUUAUACAUCGUCCUCUCCUUUCGCCUCACUUCUGGCACCCGGCUCAAGUCCAGUGAAUGUGGCCAGUCAUUUCACUGCUGCAAAGAGCGGGAGGGGCGAGAUGGAGGAUCUUCCGACUGUCCGAGUACAAAGUCCAGGCGGCCUCAACCUGGGCAGGCACCAGGAGGCAAAAGAGGAGAAGCUCCCCACCAUAGCUGCUGGGGAGUGGGCACUCUCCAAGGAGCUCCUAAGGAUUGUACAAGGGGAGAGCAGGCAGCCAGCAAAGCCGGUGGAGAAGCCUAACUCAAGAAGUGACAGUGGAACUGGAGGAAGGUUUUCCAGGAGUCCAGUGGUGUUUUCUGACUCUCCAGUUAACACCCUGAAUUCUUCUCUUGUGCCUCCCCACCAAUCAUUGCGAGGACCAGAUCUGACAGAGUCCGAAAAGAGCUACGUGGGGCAGCAACGAGGGAGCAGUCUUGAAUGGAGCCAAACUCCAACUACCUUAUUCCAGGCAUUAUAUAGCUACAUCCCACAGAACGAAGAUGAGCUGGAACUUCGGGAAGGUGAUGUUGUUGACGUGAUGGAGAAGUGUGAUGAUGGCUGGUUUGUUGGUACAUCUAGAAGAUCUCGGCAGUUUGGUACGUUUCCGGGUAACUACGUAAAGCCAUUAAAUUUGUAGAGCCAGGCUUCACAGUGAACUUUUGAUGAAACGACUCUCCAGUGACACUUGUGGAGGUUCUUUCAGCUGUUGAAUGAACUGAGCAACACAUCAGAGUCUGCAGCCUGGCAUAAACAUUCUGCUUACAGUAUAAAGUGUCUUUCCUUCACCGAACAAAAUUGGGAUGCACUGAGCAAGAGAGAAGGCAUGAGUUGUACGUGAGCUUAGGGUGUGCGAUUGCUGACUGUGGAUGUUCAUCGGCCGUGUGGGCUCAGCAGCAGGUGGGUUUGGGGAUCCCCUUCGCAAAGGGGAAGUCGAUCCCCGUGCUGAGUGAGAACCUGAUCUCCCUUCGUCCCUCCUGCCCACAGACUGAGUGUUACGGCCGCCAAGUUAACGGUUAGAGGUUCAGCGGGAAUUUGGAGGGGUGAGCAGCUGACUGUAUGAUGGGGAACGGUGUGGUUAGAAGAGGGUCUGGUAUUUACUGGGCUCUGACUUCACAAAUAAUGACAAUGAAAUGGAAAUUAGACCAGAACAGGUUACAAUCAAUAGUCUCCAUUUAAUGGCCCAAUGCAGUGUUUAUCCUCUGAUCACCAACAGUAACCUCUCCCUUUCCACUCUGUAAUUAUUUUGAAUUGCUUUAGUAAGAAACCUAACACACGUAAGUGACUGAGCCUCAUUCCCCAGCUAGGAAGAUGUCACCCCUUGCAACAAAUUACCACAGCUAAAUCUUUGGGCUGAUGCUUAGAUAGGAUGAGUUUCUUUAACAUAUCUGUUAAGUUGUUAACAGUCACUUUGAGCCGCAACAUUUCGUAAUACUUUCAGCUUCACAAUCUAUAAAUAAAAAAAUAUAUAUUUUUUAAAGAAAAAGCACACGUUUCCCCUCACCAAAGGGAAUUAACCAUUGCUGGCAUAAAGCUUUGUGUAAAUAUGUACAUUUGAUUUUUGUAUAAAAAAAUGUGUACUUAUCUUGUAUAGAAAAUAAUUUAACAAAAGGAAUUUAAAUGGUGGACUGAAAGCGGAGAAACACUCCACAGAGCUCUUUAAUUUUACUGUUUAUCUGAAAGAAAUGGAGCUCGGUACAGCAAACCCGAGGGAAAAGCUUGGCAAAACUUAGCCCAUGAAAACCAUAUGUUUAAAACAACACCAGCCACUGGGAAAUUUCCUUCUCAUCUUAUUUUAGGAAAUUCAACAGCAAAACCACUUUGCUUUUUCUUUAAAGUCCAGAAAUACAGCAGUAGAUCACUGGGACUACCGUAGCCCUGCUGUAUGUAAUCAAACACUAUCAUGCCUUAUAUUUACCAUAAUUUUGUGAGCUACAGGUCUUUAUAACCAGACAUCUUGUGUUGAGCUAUUUUUCUUUUUGCAGUGCUUCAUGAUCCGAUAAAAGAUAAGAGCCUUUAUUUACUGCUGUGGUUGCAAAAUGCAAUAUUUAAUAAACUUUAUUCAAGCCAAAUGUGCCUUAGUAUUUCUUAGAGUCUCUCAUGCUCAACUGCAUCAUGGAGGCAGUCGUUGGGAAGGCUGGGCCUGGGCUGUUGUUUAUCGCAAGUCCUUUCAUUUUCCCAAGUCCUGCUAAUGGUUUCCACUGAGUAUUUAGCAACUUCCCUUUCGAAAUACACGUUGGAUCUGUUUCUGCUGUCUUCCUGAAGCACUGCAUUCCACAUAACGAUUGCCACUUGAAGAUCACCCUCCUUCUUGCCAGUAGAUAUGGUAUCUUCCUGUUAGCACGAUUUAAACUGGUGUUCGAUUUGUGUAUGAAACUAUCCAUUUGGAUGGCACACAGUCAAAGUUUUUCCACUGUAUCUUAGUACAUUUGACAAUAGUAUACCAAUAACCACUUUCACCAGACCAAUCCUAACCUUGCCUUUUGCAAGCAUGAUGGAGGCACAAGAAAUCGUUGUUGCUGGAGUCUAGAGCAGCACAAGAUGCCGGAUUAACACCAUCUUGCCUGAUCCACUCAGUUCCUUCAGCAUCUUGCUCCAUUGUAUGCUGCUCCUCCAGGGUCCCAAGUUUUCCAAGAACAAUCCCAUCUUCUCCCGUCUCUAUGUGAUCAGUCCCUCAUUUCU